AGAAAUUAUUGAAAUGAAUACCUCACCACGUGAUGAUAAAAUGAUCAGCCAAGCGUCUCUCGCAACUGUCGCAAAAGCCUUCAUGGAAACAGACCUUUAUACACGUCAGCUGAUAUCUAUCAUUAAUUGAAAACAAAUAUUUUAAUCAAUUUUGUGUUAUGCGUAUGAUUCAAAAUAAACAAAAGGCUAGGAUUUUCAUUUAAAAAAUUAUUUAUGGAAGAGGCUUUUGAUUAUGAGGUUAACUAUUUAUACUGAUAAUAUUCGUCUAGGCCGUUCAUUUCAAAAAUGGAACCGAAACAUUUUUUUAAAGAAAGAAAGUUAAUACCGCCACCAAAUAUAACAAAGGAAAAUCUUGGAAUUUGGAACGGAUGGACUUUUAAAAGUGAUCGGGAGGUUGCAAGGGAAGCUGGUGCAAAAGGUCAUGUCCAUCUUGCUAUGGAAUUUUUGUGCUUGAAAAAAGGUAUAUCUGUGGAUGAAGCAAAAUCAUUUAUUAAAGACGAGAUAUCCAUCUGGGUAAAUGAGUUACUGGAACGCAAACAAAUAUUUCGAGUCUCUCACAUAUUAAAGAACAUAGAUGUCAAUCCUGUACCUGAAUUGGUUAAAGUUUUCCGUAACACCAAUAAGAAAGAUUUGAGAGAUUACAUCGGAGGUUACUUACAGAAGUCAGGCCACCUAACUGAAGACAUGAAAAACCUUUGGCACUUUCUGGACGUAAUUUUAAAGAAUAGCAUUUUCACAGUGCGUAGUAGGUUAAGGGAAGAUAGUAUUCAUUGUCUUGAUGAAAAAACUCAUAUCUGGAAAAAUGAAAUGGCCUGCAAACUGAUUUUAAGAACCCAGGAUCUUCAUUUGUUGCCGUUCUUCAAUGCCGAAGUUCUUUGGGAGCAGUUACUUAUGUAUAACGAUAUUGAUUUGCUCAAAGCGUGGAUCAUUGUCACUUAUUCCAAAGAAGAUUGCGACAGCUUAAGUAUCUCCCAACCUCUGUUCAAGCUGUUCCAGUCCUUUCCAGUCACAUUGAAAAUGCUAAACAAAGUGAUGGAUAGUGAUUGCUCAUUGCACAUACGUGAUCAUGUCUUAAACGAAUUCGCCAGGUUUGGAAUAUUCUGCGAGUCCGAGGUACAUAGUUUAAUAAGCGUGUCAAGAAGAGUAGGCGCAGCCGACAACAUCGCCCACAUUGGCCAAAUAUUAAAUAACAAACACUCAAAUUUACCUUUCGACAAGUACAUGGUGUUGUUUGUCGAUUAUUGUUUGGACAAGGGCUUGGUAACGGUUUUGAAUAACAGUACUAGGAAUUUCGACCUGACCGCCAUUGCUAUGGAAAAACGUUCCAUCGAUUUGGAUUUAAUGGUGGAACUAAGGAAAUUAGCUCCCUAUUUUAACGAGACUUCUCUUCACGAUAAUAUCCUCAAUGUCGCGAAGUAUUUAUCUGGUAAUAUAGAAACAUAUUUUUGUGAUAAUCCGAUAUUAAUGUUAGGUUUGCUUAUAUUUUCUAAAAAUUUGUCUGUGACCGACGUAAUGUCGCAAAAGUCGUUGGUUGUCGGCGAUGCCCAGCUUUUCGGCGCACUGGACAUCAAGUAUAAGAUUUUUUCAAAUAUUUACAACAAAUGGGUGGGGGGUAUGAAACAUAACCUCAAUUAUUACGAUUUGAUGAGGAAGCACCUAAAUAUCGACAUCGGAACUUUGUUUUCGUUUCGGUUUAGUGGCGGGUCGAUGCCGCACUUCAACGACCCACGCAUGGUGGAGAAAUACGGCUAUUCCAAAAAAGUGAAUUACAUAUUCUAUCUCACUCAAUGUCGCCCGAGUAUCGCCUAUAGACGGUUCAAGCUCAGCGAAAAAGUAGUGGCGAAGCGACUCAAAACUUUGAGGAAGAAGGUACUAAAAACGGCCAUAAUGAAAAUAAACGACAUCGAAGUGACGUCCAGCUGCAUCGCUUUCUUGGAAAUGAUCGGAGUGAGCUCGGAUUAUUUGAGAGUGUGCGUGCACUCUGCAGAAAUGUUGUUAAACUCAGGAGUGGAGUUGGAAACCGUGAUGUCUUUGUUUCUCAAAAUCGACCAAGAUCCGAAAUCUGUGCUGGAUCUGAUAGAGUGGGUGAUUGUCGAAGCAAUCGAGUUUAAAAGUUUGUGCUCGGGUUCUAAUUUCUUAAACGCAGUCAGCGACUACGAAAUUGUCCAUAAACUGUGCGUGCUUUCCAAUUUGCCGCUGCCUGAAUUAUUUUUAAAACGUUGCGCAUAUGAAAACUUGUGGCUUCCGUUCUUGUUGUAUGCCCAGAUGAAAAACUAUCCCAUUCCCCAAGUGAAGGCUCUGGUAGCAUACUUCAAGAACCCGAACGUUAGCGAGCAUAUAGUACAUAGCGUCAUUCACGACAUACACGUAGAAGAACCGAGCACCAUUAUGAAAGAGCGAGAUUCUAGGAAAUAUUACUUAUCUCGCAUCGGCGUGAGGAAGAACAUAGAGUCUGGAAGCGAUAGUUUGGAUUUGUUGUCCUACAGCAAGUCCGAAUCGAGUUUUAGUCUCUCGAGCGGACACAGUUCCUCCACUUCCGAUUCUAUCGAGAUCGACGUUUCGAAUGUCAAGACGACCUUGCUUCAUACUCUGAUCCGUUGCCAUAACAGUACUGAUCCUCCUAGGGCCCUUUUGCAGGCGUGCCAGCUUUAUCGGCACCCUUUUCUGGCCAUCGUGGCAACUUGUUAUGAGCCUGAUUCCGUGAUCACCAGUUGGAUUGCCUGGCUGUCCGUAGCUACCAAUCAGUAUGAAAUAUUCACCAACUUUGAGGCGUUGACAAUGUCCGGGGAGUUAGUCGGUGAUUUGCUGAGAAGUAGCAUAAAAAGUGGGUUUCCACAAACCCUUCUCGAAAGUUUGCUGAUUUUCAUUCCAGAGAAUCCGUUGAGAUAUUUCAUGGAAUUUCUCAUUGCGGCAAUCAGAAUAGAGCAUCCGGAACAACAAAAGCAAAAACUGGAAUUGUUCAGAGAUUCAAAAAAGCAGAGAAGAGGCAGCGUGAUGAGUGAGAAGGAGUACGAGAUGACCUACAUCAAAAAUAAAACUUGGCUGGAAAAUACCUCUCUGAAACUUUUGGCCUGCGCGCUCGAAUUCAACACGAACUCAACAUACCAUCAAGAAACGAUCGUUGAGACUCUGGGUGACAUUAAAUUCGAAAAAUAUUGCAAUGUAUCGUGUCCCGAUUUUUACCGUUUAUCUCAAAUUUUAAAGAUUCUAUUUGGCACUAAAAUAAAGUUAGAUAUGUGUCGUUAUUUUGAUGCGGAAACUCAGAAAAGUGCACUUGAAGACGUGCUCAACGGGCUGUUGAAAGAAAAUUUGUUCGAGGCCGCGUUAGAAAUCGGACGUUGCUCCAAUAUCGUUACCGAUACUAUCGUCCUCAAAAAAUGGCGGUGGAAGUUUGAAAACCGUGACCCCAGCAAUUUGGGUUUCUUCUACGAGUGCGAUAGGGAGUUUGCCGAGCAAAAUAUUUCCCCUCAAACCGCGGUGGAAUUUUUUAUGGAACGCAUAACUAGCAACGACUCAAAAUACGUGCUCUUAAAGUUGUCCCACAAGUGGUCGAAAAUUUACAACCUUAGUAGCCAGUACGAGUUGGAAAAGAAAAAGAUUCUCGCUUUCGUCGCCGUCCCAGAUUAUUUCGGCGACAUAAACGAACUGACCGAGUUGGAUAACGUGAAAAACCUAACCUUCAAGGAGAUGCUGGAGUUAGUCGACAAUAUAGAAACUCGUUCCGAGAAGUUACCCGACGAACAUUCAGCGAAGAUCGGUGAAUUGAUCAAUAGAGCUUUGGAUCGGGGUAACUUUUGGUUGGCGCUGAGGGUCGAGAAGAUUUUUAAUUAUAGUAGUGCAGAUAUGGACGUUUUGAAGUGUUGCCACAAGCUGGCUGAGAAGAUGAUUGGGUUGGAUCAAUUGGACGCCGAUCAGAAAAAAAUGCUUUCUUCCUUUACUUAUUAUCAUAAGAUCGCCGAACGGGGUUCCAGGAAAGCUUCGGAAACUGACUGCUGCGAUUAUUCGAAAGAACCACAAAAUUCGGGUAAUGGCUCGUCGUCCAGGAAUAUACUUUCCGCAAUGCAUUGUCUCAUAGAAAAAUUGGAACAUGGAAUAGACUUGGCGCAUUCCAUUUUAAUGUUGUACAGGAUGAGUAUUAAUAUAGAAGUACCUUAUUACGUGGUGGUGUCUUGUACGGAUCAGAUGAAAAUGCUCAAGGACGCCCUCGACGACGAUUGCAUGAAUAAAGUAGAAGUGGUCCAUGAUUUUAUUAUGGUCUUCAGAUGGUCAAACGAACAGAUUUCAGACUUGUUUUGCGAAGAAAUAGUGAACGCCACCUUAAAAUAUGUGAAAUCGAAAACGGAAGAUUUCAUCCUGUGGAAUGUGGAUGUCCACACGCAGUUCCAUUUGAUACUGAAACUCCUCAAGGACGAAUCGUCCUGCUUGGCUUACAAACUGUACAGCUAUUCGAACGCCCUCUACAAGGCGCAGCUUUCGAUGGAGUUGGACUUUAAAAUCAGCGAGCUAGCUUUGAUAGUCGAACUGUUAAUUAUCGCGCACAAUUGUUUCACCGCCGACUGCAACAUGGAAGGCAUCUCCUCGGUAUUGAGGAAAUGUCGAUCGGUGGUCGCCCACUUGGUCACUUUGAGGAGUUGGAAAUUGAUAGUGAGGCUGUUUAUUGGCAUUGCGCGUUACUCAGAGAUGGACUAUGUGUUCCAAAUAUUGAAGGAACAUGACCAGUUUGAGUUUUUGCUGAGGAAAGGCUCGAGAAGGGACGACGCGUUGAAGGACGCGUUGUUGGAGUAUUUGCGGAGAUUUUGCCCAGAUAACAAGGAGCUUUUUAAGAUGGUCGCGUUGCAUUUUACACUUUACUCAGAAGUCGCGGAUUUGUGGGAGCAGGAAUCGGAAAUACUUAUCCAGAAUUUGAUAGCGAUCGCCAAAUUGGAUAUGGAGAACAAUAGACUGAACCCGGAGACUGAACCUUAUAUACUGUUUCCUAACGAUAGUAGCACCAGGAGGUGUUUGAACAAGCUCAUGGAAAAUUAUACCCACGCGACAGAGUUUCAUAUGCAGGGAGAGAAACUGACCAGGGCCAUGAACGCCGUAAAACAAGCAGAAUUAAUCGCCCUGCAAAAAUCUUUGUUUCGAUCUUCUAUGCCGAAUGCACAGUGUUUAUUUCAUUUAAGUAACUCUCAGGUUGUUUCACUAAUAUCCAAGGAAUUGAGUUGCGCUCAGUCGCGUAUUUUAGUAGAAGCAUACAACUUCCAGCCCGACUGGGCUUCGAUACUGUUUGAACAGUGCAUAAUCCGAACUAACAGUACCUACCUAGAGGAGUUCAUGGGCGUAUAUCCUUUCGGGGAGACUCUGGUGCAAGAUAUCUCCCGAAAAUUCAUAAACGCCAAUAUUAACAAACCGAACGAGAUAAGGAACAUGAAAAAUAUAGUCCGGCAGUUGGUUUCCGUACACGCCAAGUAUCGGAUAGCCAGCGAAUUGGGUUUCACUGACGUGGUCGAGGACUUGCUGGUUAACGGACAGCUCGCUUAUCUGAAGGACACGGUUUGGAAGAAAGGAUUCAAGGGCGGCUCGUAAAAACAAUAACGAUGCGUAAUUUGUGAUAACGCAACAUAAUAGUAAUUUAGCGUUCAUUCAUUCACCUUUUUUUUUUCAUAAGUACUUUUAUUGAAAAUAACCACAAUAAGAAAAUUAAAAUUGUAACUGUUAUGUGUAAAGUUCUUAACUAACCCACACGUUAUACUCAGAAAACCGUUAAAUGUGGAAGGAAUUGUUUAUUUAAAGUGAUACACCAGGUUUUUACAAGCCUUCAUGAAUUUCACAGAUUUCUAAACGCUUUUACUGAUUUCACCUAUUUCGAUAAAUAAUUUUUAGGUUAUGUGGAAAAUAUUUCUAUUCCGCCUUAAAUAAAAACUUUGAAACCAAAAAAAAAUAAAAAAAUAUACUUAAAUCUCUUUUCGAUAAGUCAUUUUCCAGUCAUUUCCAGUGUCCGUGUUAAAUCAUUCAACGUAAAUAUUAUAAAAUUCAUAGAAUUUCAAAACGGUUUUUUUUUCAAAUUGAGUCAAGAUUAAAGGUUACUUAAUCAAGUCUAGGACAACCAUUUCUGUAUCACAAUCUUAUUGGUAUCAGCUGAGAAUAUACGAAUAAAUAAAGAGCAGCAGACCAAUUUGAUUAUGAAUACAUUAUAUUAACCCUUAAAUGCAUGAAUUUUUAUUGUCAUUUUCGAUUAUAUAAGAAAAACUAUUAAGAAAUUUAUGAAAAUCAAGUUGGUUGUCAAUUAGGAAUAGAGAUAUUUCUUUCCAAGUGAUAUAUUAAUAGAUAAUAAAAAUUUCCUUUCUAUUUCUCUCGCAUUUUCUAUUCCUCCUUGUAACUGGUGUAACUUAAUUUUUAGAUUUCCUAUUAUUUUUAAAGGCGAAGAUCCAAACAAUCAUAUUACCAAGAUACUGUGAUAAAUUACUUUUAAGGAUUUUAAUAAUGUUUUCAUUAAAUUAUUUAGUUUUACGUUUGUAUCGUUAAGUAACCCGAAUUAUUACGCUAGUUCUAUUACAUUUUUGUUAAAUACUGAAAAUAAAAAUAAAAUUUCUGCUAGUGUGUUUACUUAAAGUGCAAUUAGGUGUUCCUGUCUAAUUCCUUUGGGCUUUCGCUCGAGGUACCUUAGUUCUUAGGCAACAAAAUGUCUUAUGGACUCCAGUGGUUAUGAUUUUUAUGAAAUACAGUCUCCCAUAAUAUUCAAUGCAUAUUGAAAAAAUCUUCAGUUGUAACAGUAAAAGUAGAUAUUCACGUCAGUCAUGACGGCAAAUGAAAACUCCGAAAGCGGAGUCCAAAAAAUCUCACAAAUGAUAUUUUAUAGUUGAGCUAAGAAAGUAGAAAUACAAAGUAGUUUGUGUAGUGUGUUGGUUAAUUUUUUCCUUUUGUUAAAUAAUAUCUAACAUUUAUUCAUGUUUAAAAUUUUCCAAAUGCGUAAUGAUUUGAAUUGAACGUUAUUUAGCACCUGAUUCUUAUUUAUUUUGCACACUGAUAAGGCAGUUCAAUAAUCGGUCCUUCGUAUGAAAUCUGCGGAAAAAAUAUUUCUAUUAAAAUUAAAUAUGACAUCACACAAAAUAUGCUUGUGUCACUAUGCAUUGAAUGUCAGCCGAUGAGAAACUAUUAUAGUUUACGCACAUACCAAAAAUUUUAGUGGAUGUCAUAUACCUUAGUUUAUAUAUAAGUUAAAAGUACGUCGAUUCAAACUUCGAGUGCGUGUAAAUGUAAGUUUUUCAAUAUUUGGCUGAUGUUUCCUGAAUCUACUAAUAAGCGUUUCCAGCAAUUAAAAAAAGUAGCCUGUUGAAGCCAAAGAUUAAAAAUGGCUUCGGAUCGUUGUCUGAAAUAAUUGCUAAAUAACGUCCUUCUACAGCACUGCCAGAAUUAUUCAGUCUAAUAUUGAGUGUAUUCCUGCGAAAUAAAAGAUAGCGGGAAUAAUUAAUUAACAAAGAAACGCAUUUCAAUGAAAAAUUACACAAGAAUGUCGUAUACUGAGAUUUAUAUAUACAGGAUGUUACAUCUAAAUACGUAUCUAAGUUUUAUGUAGAAAAAAAUCUUUGAGGUAACGGUAAAUUACAUAUCUAAUUACAUAAUGUCGUUUUAAAGAAGGAAAGUAA